GGUCGAAGUUCUCCAGCGAUGAUCCUGCAGCGUAGGAUACUCUGUGCGGUGGUUGUUGGACUGUUCUCGGGAGAACUCGUGUCCUCUGACGAACAGAGCAAUCCUUCGUUGAACGAGCCCGACUUCGAGAUCCCCGAGUACAUAUUACCGUGCAGUAGGUCGGAUCCCAAGAUAGACGCGUGCUUUCAGAAGACGUUGAACCAUCUGCAGCCAUAUUUACUAAAGGGUAUCCCCGAACUGGAUGUGCCACCGAUCGAACCGCUAAUUAUUCCGGAAUUAGGAAUGGAGAACGGCCAAGGAGCUGUUCGAGUUCGAGCUCUGUUUUCCAAUAUCACGGUCAUAGGGGCGGGAAAUUACACGAUUAGCAAGACACGUAUCGAUGUGCAGUCUUACAGGCUAGAUCUUCACUUGGCGUUCCCGAAGAUCGAACUUCAAGGCAGCUACGAAGUCAUAGGAAACGUGCUGCUCUUCCCCAUUCAGAGCCACGGCGAGUUUUGGGCGCUUUUCGGCGACGUUCUAGCGAUCGCUCGCAUCCAGGCAGCAGAGGAGGUCCGCGAGGGUGUUCGUUACCUGAAGAUAGCCCGGAUGCUGGUGGAUUUCAGCCUUGGCAGGGCCCGAUUCCGCGUGGUCGAUCAGCUGAACGGCGACAACGUGAUCGGCCAGGCGAUGAAUCAGUUCCUGAACCAGAACGCGAAGGAGAUCAUCGAAGAGAUGAGACCAGCCGCCAGCGCUAGCAUCGCGAAGCACUUCAAGGAUUUCAUCGGCAAAGCUUUGACCAAGGUCCCAUUGAAAGUUUGGCUCCGUGACACGUAG